AUGUCGACUCCUUCCACAGCUACCGCACUUGCUCCACUCGACAUCGCCAAUCCUUAUUCUUCGUACAACUACUCCCACCACCACCACCUCCACCACCACCACAGCAACCACAACCACAACCCGCACCAACUCCUCCACCACCACCUCCAACCGCUCCAGAUCCACAACAACAACACCCACAGCACCAACCCGCACGCUGCCCUGACCUCGCUCAACUCCCACUCUCACCACAACCACCAGCGAUUACCCGCUCCGCUACCGUACUUCCAGCCUCAGAGCCCGCUAGCGACAGCUCCAGUUCCGUCGUCGGCCUCGUCCCCAUCUUCGUCCGUGGAAACGCGUACGACAGUUUCAGGAACGAUGGCGUCGAGAACACAAGCUGCGUCCACUUCGUCAUCGGCUCCCCGGAGAUCCCGCCGGCGGACACCGGACUGGCAGGAAUUUUAUCGGAAUGGACCCCCGAAGGAGAUCAUCGUCAUUGACGAUUCGCCGAGUCCGCCCCCUCCUGCCGUGUCGUCUCGCAGCGGUCGACAACACCAGGCGAUAGCAACCGCAGCAGCAGGCACCGCGGCGUUGGCCCCCGCUCCGGCAUCGUCCUCCUCACGGCAGAAUGGAACCGUGCAAUAUCCGAUCGCUGCUACCGCCGCCUCCGCCGCCGCCAACAACGCUCCGCCUCGUCAUGCGGACAAGAAGCGAAAAGUUCAGUCAACGCAGUCGGCACAGUCCGUCAAAUACGAACCCGUGUACGGAAGUCAACCAGAGGGCCACGCCUACUCUGCGACGCAGACGCCACAUCUCAACGGCUACGCCUCACCCACCACUCUGUCGGCGCACUCGAGUGCUUCGAGCGUCAAUGGUACCACGGCGGGGACUUCGCUGGGGUCCGUGAGCAGCAUUAAGGAUUACACUGCCUCCGCCGCCGCCGCCGCCGCCUCUUCGAACGCCGCAGCAGCUGCUGCUGCCGUCGCCGCCAACGGUCAGAAGCGAAAGAGGGUUACGAGGGCAAGUCAAGCGGCUGCUGCUGCUGCCAACACGCUGGAUGCGUUUGCGAGCUAUCACCCGCCACCGAAACCACCGAUCAAGGCGAAGGAUGUUUACGUGCAACCAAUUCAGGAUCCGGAUAGAAAUAGUCAACAGAGGGUUGACGACAACGACGGACACUACAUUGUUUCACCGAAUACGGAUUUGACUGCUCGAUAUCGCAUCACCAAGUUACUAGGACAGGGCACCUUCGGCAAGGUGGUGGAGGCCUACGACCGCACGAAACGUACGAAAUGUGCGAUCAAAGUGAUUCGAUCGGUCCAGAAAUACCGGGAUGCGUCGAGGAUCGAACUGCGAGUUCUAUCCACCCUCUCCUGCAAUGACAAGGAGAAUAGGAAUAAGUGCAUUCAUCUGAGGGACUGCUUCGACUACAAGAACCAUAUCUGUAUCGUUACCGAUCUCCUCGGGAUGAGUGUUUUUGAUUUCCUCAAGGGGAAUCAGUUUGCUCCGUUUCCUAGCACGCACAUCCAGAGUUUUGCUCGGCAGCUGUUCACUAGUGUUGCGUUUCUGCACGAUCUCAACUUGAUCCACACGGACCUCAAGCCCGAGAAUAUCCUCCUACGCCAAGGACGGACUCGACGGAUACUCUUGGAUACUGAUAUCCGUCUCAUCGAUUUCGGUUCGGCCACUUUUGACGACGAGUACCACUCUAGCGUCGUGAGUACUCGACAUUAUAGGGCCCCCGAGAUCAUCCUGGGGCUGGGAUGGAGUUUCCCCUGUGAUAUCUGGAGCAUCGGAUGCAUUCUGGUCGAGUUUUAUACCGGCGAUGCUCUCUUCCAGACUCACGACAACCUGGAGCAUCUCGCCAUGAUGCAGGCCGUCUGCGGGCCGCGUAUCGACGCGAAGCUGGUUCGGGCAAUCGCGGGAAAGAGCGGUGGUGGAAACACUUCAAAUGCUUCAAAGUACUUCAAGGGAGCCAGGCUGGAUUACCCUAAUGCGGAAACUACUAGGGCCAGCAAGAAGUACGUGAACGCGAUGAAGCAUCUGCAGGACAUCAUCCCCAGCAACAAUACCUUCAACAAGCAGUUCCACGAUCUGCUCAAGAAGAUAUUCGUCUACGAUCCCAACAAGAGGAUUACCGCCAAAGAUGCGCUCAAGCACCCGUGGUUCCGGGAGACCAUCCAGGAUGAGGGAACUGAAGCCGCCAAGUCUCGAGAUGACCGAGAAGCCGAAGCUGCCAGGGCCCAAGCAUACCGGGAAGCCGAGCCUCGUGAGAAUCUUUGA